AUGUCAGAAAGUGGAGUUUCGACGACCGACGUGCAGUUUUCAAUCGGGCGAUUUUUCGGCCCGGCAAAGAUCUUUGGAGCGCAUAAGUCCGUUCUAAGCAGCGCAAGCGAUGUCUUCCACAACAUGCUUAACGGCAGUCAGCCAGCGACAGGUGAUGGCCCAAUCGACAUCCCCGAUAUUCUUCCGGAAGCGUUCGCAAAUAUGUUAAGGUAUAUCUACGCCGAUGCGCAGAACGUAGCAAUAAAGGACGCUUUCCCCACAAUGAUGUGCGCUGAUAAAUACGGCCUGCCGUUGCUGGUUGACAAAUGCUUUAACCUCGUCCUCGAUGACCUCAGUGCAAAGACCGGCGAUGCUAAUCGUUACUUGCUGCAUCUGGAUAAUGCGCUUACGUGGGCUGUCGGUAUCGGAAAUGUCGUGGAAACCUGCUUGCACUUCGUGGACGUGCACUGUGUGGAGAUCUUCAAAUCGGAACUGUUCAUUGAAUUGCAACCCACGACCCUGCAGAUGAUUUUGGAGCGCAAAACGCUGUUUGUCGAGGAAAGCGUUAUUUACGUGGCCGUAAACAGAUGGGCUGCAGCAGCAUGCACUCGGAACAAAUUGUAUCCUACACCGCAAAACCGGCGCCAGGUUUUAGGAGACAUUUUGUCCCUUAUCAGAUUCCCAUUGAUGACCGUUACCCAACUCGUCGACGGCCCCUUGAAGGAUACGUUGUUACUGCCAUCAGACUUCACGGACAUUUGCCGCCACAAAGAAUAUCUCACCAACCACCCGCUCCGCUUCUCCACGGAACCCCGCCGGUCCCCGGUGAUUUGUGUUGGUGACUGGGAGUUCCAACACAAGGAGGAAGUGUUCGCGAACGAAAUGGACUACUGGUGUCCUGCGGUAGUGAUCGGAGCUCGUGGAUCGGAAGUCGUCUGUAAGACCUUGGAGACUGGCAAAGAAGACCUGGUUAAUCGACGUCCAGAAACGAUAAUUCGCGCGGCCGACUAUUUAGAAUACUACGAGCCCAUCCUUCACGGGAGUCGUGGCUUCCAUGAAGAGGCCACGUAUAUCAAAAUGAAGGAUGCCCAGCAUAUCAUCCUCGUGGCGGGCAUAAAACGUCAAGUUCAGUUCAGUGAGAUUCUACUGAAACAUACGCAGACAACAGCAUGGAUAAGCACUAUGGAGAAGGAUAACAGGAAGGUUCACAUCGUUCCCAUGCGGAAGCGUAUAGAUUGA